CGUUCCAAGCCUAGCCGCGGUCAACGGUGUAUCCUGAAUCCUGCUAGCGAGCAAAUACCGCAUCAUAACGGUUUGAGUUGGCGAUAUAUCUCUCUAGUUUCUAUUGUUAACAAUUGACAAAUUUGAGAGUUAGGCACCAUAAAUUGGUAAAUAUCGUUAAUUAUGGCGGACCUAGACGAUUUUUUCGCCAAAAAAGACCGCAAAAAGAAGACGACAUCGAAGAAAUUCGCCACCACGGAGGAGGUUGCCAAAAAACUGGAGGAUACUGCCAAGAAAACAGAAAAACAGAAAAAGGAACGCGUCUCAGAGGGUGAUGACACCAAUCCUCAACCUCAUGAACAAGAUGAAUGGAAAGAGUUUGAAGAAGAAAAAAAAGACUAUACCGGGCUCAAAAUCGGGAAUCUCACCAUUAAUGCCAAUCAAGACAACAUCGGACAUCAAGAGUCUGGUUCGGGGGACCAACAAGAAGGUCUUGAACACAGUGAGGAUGCCGAAAGAAAAUCUGGACCUUGGAACCGGAUGGAUUCUACUAACCAAGCCGAGGAAGAGAACCCCUCUCCACCACCAAAGGUUGUUGUAGUUGAGAAACCCACUAUACCAGAACCAUCUACUGGGUUGAAAACAACUUAUAAACCACCUGCAUUAGUGCGUAGCCUAAACGCGACAAGUGCAGCGCCUGCAAGGCUUCGAGGUAAUCGUGGAGCUGCUCCAGAUAUCCACAACGAAGAUUUCUUCCCGACGUUGAGUGGCAAGAAAAAAAGUGGAGAAGGGGCCUUUGAAGUGGUCCAACAGCAUCGUGCUUCCUCUUACAAGCAACAUUCGGAGCAAUCUAAAGGCGGUGGUUGGCCAAAGUUAAGCCUAGGCAACCGGUAUAACACUUUGAGCAGUAAUGACAGCUAGUGGCGCCCCCUAAAGUAUUCUAAUUAAUUUUAUACAUCCCAUAUCCUGACUUCUUUUUUUUUUGAUAUAGCAAGAAAAAUUGUUUUUUUUUCCAAAUACCUACAGUUCGCGAGCCUUUUUGUUGAGAUUUGUUUACAAUAUCCAAUUAUCAAUUGUUCCGUUUACAAAUAAUUAUAUAUUCACAAAAAAAAAAAUAUAAUUAAUUAUUAU